GGUGGGAACGCCUGCGGCUGGUUCGGACAAAUCGGCAGCAUAAAAGCACGGGCGAGCAAUUUUUGCCACCAAGCACCUCGUCCCUGCUGCCCAUCCCCUCUCAUCUACCAACCAGCUCCUCUGCCAAACUCCGUGUCCAUGGAUCGCUACGAGCCAGUGCGACAGUCAAUUGCUGACAUCAUUCCGGCCGACUGGGACGACGGCUCGCUGGGCCCGCUGCUGGUGCGUCUCGCAUGGCAUGCCUCUGGCACAUACGACCGCAAGACCGGCCGGGGCGGCAGUAAUGGCGCCACCAUGCGGUUUGAGCCCGAGUCCACCGACGAAGCAAACAAUGGCCUGGACUGGGCCAGAGAGUACCUUGAGCCUGUGAAGGAUAAGCACCCCUGGAUCAGCUAUGCCGAUUUGUGGACGCUGGCCGGGGUUGUCGCAAUCCGAGCCAUGGGUGGUCCGGAGGUGCCUUGGCGUCCAGGACGCCGUGACGUGGAUGCCUCUCAAGUUCAGGAAAUCGAUGUCCCCAAGCCGGGCCUGCUCCCUGACGCUGCACAAGGGAGCGAGCACCUGCGCCAGGUCUUUUACCGUAUGGGCUUCAGCGACCGCGAGAUCGUUGCCCUGUCGGGAGCGCAUACACUUGGAAGAUGCCAUCCCUGCCGCACAGGCUACACAGGAGUGUGGACCUCCCAGCCAACCCGCUUUACGAACCAGUACUUUGUCCUGCUGUCGACUGUCCAGUGGACACGCAAGCAGUGGGACGGGCUCGAGCAGUAUCAGGACCCCGAGGAUCGAUUCAUGAUGCUCCCAACGGAUAUGGCGCUGAUUCACGACCCGCAGUUUGCCGUCUUCGUGCGCAUGUAUGCCGACGACCAAGCGCUGUUCUUCCGAGAUUUUGCGGCAGCGUACGGCAAGCUGCUUGAGCUGGGGGUGCCAUUUGGAUGCCCAGCACACGGCGGUGCUCGCGAACAGAACCCGAUCGAGCCUUAGUGAUCUUAGUGCCAUGGAGUUGAAAGCUGUGUCGAACCGUCGGGGUGUUGCUGCGUGCUCUACUGGAUCAGUUGGAUCGAUGGGCUGCUUCGUACUCGUACUCGUACUGAUACUGAUACUCGACAGAGACAGCCUUGUGCCGGAGGAGGGGACGAGAACAUGUCUGUGCAGUUGUUCCAGUAAAACAGUGAGACAGAGUCCAUUUUCUCUGGUAUCAGAG